GUAUCCUGUAACUUUGAUAAUGGAUUGUGCUUCGGAUGUAGCCAGUCGAUGGAGGAUGUAUUUGACUGGACGUUGUACUCUGGUUCGACACCUUCAUCUGGUACUGGGCCAUUCUCGGAUCAUACAAGUGGAUCAGGUUUGAUGCCUUUUGAAAUUUACCCGUUAACGGUCUCCUAAUGUGUUUAAGUACAUUUAGUAACCCCCUCAAUUCACAAAGCGAAGAAGGAGCGAAAGCAACAACGACGGCGACGUUUACGAAAACGUCACAUUGACUUAAAAAGUGAAUUUGCGCUGCCUCAAACUUUAUUAUGCUUCUUCUUCUUCUUCUUCUUCUUCUUCUUCUUCUUCUUCUCUUCAAACGUUGCCAAUUUUUUGGAGUUGAAUUCUUUAGGAAUGUAUCAAAGCCUUUGAUUCAGGAAAAAAAAAAGGAAGAAAGAUGCUGUCUUAGCUUGUCUUUCCGUUCUCAGUAAAACGUGAAGUUAGGCACUGUCACGUAGUCGUGCAUCGAUGUACAAAAAGCAUGACGCACGCGUAAAGUUCUUGUUUUCUAAGCCUAUUGCUUUUGUACCGUACUCAUUGCCGUCGUCAGUCGUCAUUGCUUAAGCUCUCUGCUAAUGACAAGAAGACUGGGAAGCCGAUGAAAUGAACACGAUAUUGUUUUGUUUUGUUUUGUUCUGUUCUGUUUUUUUUUUCAGGUUUGGCUUCUUCGUGCUCUCUUCAUUGGGCCACACUAAGAGAACAUUGAUGAGAAUAUUAUAGACGAGAUAGAAGUAGUGACCUUUUCAAUAAAUUGGCUUUAAAUACUGCUGUCGUUUUUAUAGGGCAUAGUCUUUAAACACUGCCCCUUAAGACCUCUUUCUAUUUUUGUACAAUGGAUGGAAUUGAUAGAAACCGUGUUAUUUAUUCAUCUAUUAUUAUUAUUAUUAUUAGCAUAUUAUCAUCUAUAUUUUUUCGUUACAGGAAAAUAUUUCUAUAUUGAAGCUUCAAAUCAGGCAACCGGUGAUAAUGCAAAGCUGACCUUUACGGUGCCAAGAAAUAAAUCGUCAGGUUGCUUAAAAUUCUUCUAUCACAUGUAUGGAUCAGGAAUGGGAACUCUAAAUGUUUUCAGUGGGAAUAAUAAAAUUUUCACCAAGUCAGGAAAUCAGGGGAACUACUGGAAAAAAGUCACCCGGACAGUUUACCUCAGUGACAUGGUAAAUGUGUAA